CGAUCUUCUUCUUCCUUUCUUCUCCCUCAUUUCCUUUCCACUUUUUUUUUUUUUUUCUUUUCAAAUUCUUCAGCUUUCUUCAUAUAUAUUUUUUAUUUAAAAAAAAAGAAAAACAGAUCUGGAAUCUUGAGUUUCCAGAUCUGGUUAGGCGGCGCUCCAUUAGGGGAUUGGUGAUCGUAACACCGCCAUGGUCGUUGCGUGGGCGAUACAACCACCACUUCGGCGAUGGGCAUAAUUUGGAUCUCUUCAUUCUUCUAUUUCUUCCCAAUUUGUUUUACCGUCUAAUUUUAUUUGUGAUGCUUUGAAUCGAUCUUGCUAUUUCUGAAUUCUACUUGAUAUUUGAGUGGUUCUGUCACCAUUUCUCAAUUUUCAUUUUGAUUUCUAUUUCACCGGUGAGAUCGUUUUAAUAUUUGGGUAUUUUUGGGUAAAACAUAUUUGGGGUCUGCUUUGAAUGAUUUUGUGUAUUAACAGAAGAAGGAAGAGAAAUAACUUUUGUCGUCAUUUGGUAGAUAUCCAUAUUCAAACAUUGUUGGGCUGCUUUAUCAGAAUGAGUAUUUAGCUUCCAAGCCUUUACAUUUUGUUGUGAUGAUGAUGUGGAAUUUGAACAUGCGUUCAUUUGUCUAUGAUGAUUGCUCUUGGUAUUAAUUAACUGUGAUUGUUCUUGGUAUGCAAAUUUUGUUAAAUCCUUGCUUUGUGUAUUCAAAGCUUGGAAAGUGUUUGGAUUUUAUCUUUUGGGAUGUGAUUUCUUUCUGUUUGAUUUCACUUAUGUGAGAAAAAGUUUUGGUUGGUUCAUGAAUUUUAGUUCACCGGUGGGUUUUCAUUGAACCUUGGACACAAUCAAAAUGAGAUGUUUUUCUAUGAUUUUGUCUUGGUGUAGAAUAUAUGAUUAUGGAAGUGGAGUGGGUUAAAAUUUUGUUGCUUAAUUUUUGUUUGAAUACUGAUAAAGUGAGA